AUUUGCCACUUUAUUUUGGUUGCCACUUCGCAGUCAGCUGUCAAGUCUGAUAAAGAGAGAAAGGUUUCUAGUUGAUCAGCAGCGAUAAAAACAUAUUCACUGCCACAAUGACCAUGCUCGUUGAUCCUCGCCGACCGGAAAAGGUGCAGCGCUACAAACCGAUCGACUCAGCCAACCAGGGGGCGGGAGUGGGUGAUGAUUUAAUGCCGGAUUAUAUGAAUAUCCUAGGCAUGAUAUUCUCCAUGUGCGGACUGAUGAUGAAGCUGAAAUGGUGCGCCUGGCUGGCGCUCUACUGUUCCUGCAUUAGUUUCGCUAAUUCACGGAUUUCAGACGAUGCCAAGCAGGUCCUUUCUUCCUUUAUGCUGAGCGUCAGCGCCGUCGUGAUGUCGUACCUGCAGAACCCGACGCCAAUGACACCGCCCUGGCAGUCGUUGUAGGAUUUCCCUUGGGGAGAGGUUUCGCGUGUCCAAAGCACAUAAAUCAUCGUAUUUGUAAGAAACUGUUUUUUAUUAAGAUGGAAUACAAUAAUGGGCAGUCUUUAUCGACUAAAGAAA